UCAGAGCUUGGCUUUCGAACUCGUCGCUGCACGCUGUUUCGCUUUCUCGUAAAUCAAGCUCUAAUCUCUGUGAAGCUAAGACACCCGCUGAACGCGAUUGUCCGUCCGUUUUGCCAAAUUGGACUGUCAAGGAUAACCGUCAAGAUGUCUUCAGGAAGAUUGUUCAGUCAGGACGAGAGGAGAUGGAACAGAUUGAGUACGACGAUGGCACAUUUUCACGAGUGGUUCAAGCGAGAAUUCAACGUCGUCUAUGAACUUGCAGACGGGUCUUUCAACCGACGAGGGAUGUCGUUAUCAAACUAUCUGCAAGAAGCGAAGUCUUUGUGCACCCAUCUCAACUUUCACCAUAGUCUUGAAGAGCGACAUAUUUUCCCAGUUCUUGCAGAACGAAUGCCGGAAUUCUCUGAGCAGGCGGAGGACGGACGGCAUAUCAGGUCACACAAGGCCAUCCAUAAAGGACUGGAUGAUCUAGAAAGACUCAUCAAGAAAUGGUCAGAUGACCCGUCGUCCUACUCGCCUACCGAGAUGAGGGCGUGCUUGGACUCUUUCAGAGACGUCCUGUUCAAACACUUGGACGAAGAAGUGGAUGACCUCAAAGGCGAGAAUAUGAAGAAAUACUGGAGCUUGGAAGAGGUGGACCGCAUCCCAAUGUAGCCUUUGACCUUUGACUCCCGUAUAAUGGAGGCGCUCUGACUGCCUGUGGUACGUUCUGCCUUUUUUGACUGGUG